GCGAAGGGUAGAGAAUUCGUCGGGCAGCGCUAACGCGUACGCACGUAUCUACGUGAGCGAGAUUUUUAAAUAAUUACGAAGGUAGAAGUACGGUUUUCAGAAUGACGUUCCGCGACAUGACGACAGUGUCUGUGACCGGCGCGGCGCACUGACUCAUCGAUCAGUACACGUCCGACCGUAGCACGGUUCAGCUCGCCUUUCCGUUCCCCGAUCGUCAAAUGGUGUUCAACUCGGUGUUCCGUGGUUGUUUACCGUGCUGCCUGUGCUGCGAUUCAGGCGACCCAGCGCGAAUCGUGUCAACGACUGCCUUUUUGUGAGUGGACCGUUCUUGUGCCCUGUUUUUCUCGGAUACAAAGUCCCUGGACACCGACCACUGCUCCGCAUAUCGGCUACGUCGACAUGGUUUAUCAUUGGCAGAGUCAAAAUGUCAAAGUUUCCGGCGUGGACGACAUGGUUCUUCUUCCGAAAAUAUCGGAGGAAGCCAUUAUCGACAACCUGCGGAAAAGAUACAUGGACGAUUACAUAUUCACAUGUAUCGGUCCCGUGCUAGUGUCAAUUAAUCCUUUCAAGCAGAUGCCUUACUUCGGGGAGAGGGAGAUCGAAAUUUACCAAGGCGCAGCACCAUAUGAGAAUCCUCCUCACGUAUAUGGAUUGGCAGAUGAGAUGUACAGAAAUAUGUUGAUUGAUAACGAAAGCCAGUGUGUUAUCAUCAGUGGAGAAUCCGGAGCUGGAAAAACAGUAGCUGCAAAAUACAUAAUGUCGUAUAUUGCAAGAGUCAGCGGAGGUGGCGAGCGAGUGCAAAAAGUGAAGGACGUAAUUCUAGAGUCUAAUCCACUGUUAGAAGCAUUUGGCAAUGCGAAGACAGUGCGCAACAAUAAUAGUAGCAGAUUCGGUAAAUACGUGCAAAUGCAAUUCGGCCGAGGCGGGCAGCCAAGCGGAGGAAAAAUUUCGAAUUUCCUACUAGAAAAAUCAAGGGUAGUUUGUCAUAAUUAUGGCGAGAGAAACUUCCAUGUGUUCUAUCAAUUGGUCACAGGCGCGGACCAACAAAUGAAAUCCGAAUUAGGAUUAACGGAUCUUGAUUACUAUCAGUAUCUCAGCUAUGGAGGGAAUCACAGAGUUGAGGGUGUGUCGGAUGCUCGUGAUUUUCAAGAAACGUUAAAAGGAUUAAGUGUGAUGGGAUUAAGUGAUUCGGAAGUGAAUGAUAUCUUUGCAAUAGUUGCUGGAAUUCUUCAUUUAGGAAACAUACAAUUCAUGGAGAAAGAAAAUUAUUCACAGGUUGCCGACAAACAGUUACUCGAGUUCCCAGCUUACCUGUUCCAAAUCUCAACAGAGCAAUUGGCUCACAAAUUGACGUCACGCGAAUUUGAAUCUAAAUGGGGAGGUCAGGCUGAGAGUGUCGAUGUCACAUUAAAUGUGGAGCAGGCUCUUUAUACUCGAGAUGCGUUGGCAAAAGAUAUUUACGCCAGGCUCUUCGAUUAUUUAGUUAAAAAAAUUAAUGCAGCCAUGGAAACUACGUCAGAUGGUUUCGAGAUUGGAAUUUUAGACAUCUAUGGUUUCGAAAUUUUCGAGAAGAAUGGCUUCGAGCAAUUUUGCAUUAAUUUCGUGAACGAAAAGCUGCAGCAAAUUUUUAUAGAGCUCACCUUGAAAGCUGAACAGGAGGAGUAUAUUGCCGAAAAUAUAACAUGGACGCCGAUAGAGUACUUCAAUAAUGCAAUCGUCGUCGAACUUCUCGAAAGCAAGCGUCCUCCAGGACUUUUCUUGGUCCUCGAUGAUGUCUGCGCCACUCUCCAUGGUGGUAGCACCGGGGCUGACGCGGAUUUGCAAAAGAAACUUGCAGUGGCAGCGAACAAGCACGAACACUUUCAGACCACAAGCGACGGAUUCUCUGUGUCCCAUUACGCUGGAGCAGUUUCCUAUUCCGUAGACGGAUUUUGUGACAAAAACCGGGACGUACUGUUUUUGGACGUCGUGGAACUGAUGCAGACAAGUUCAAAUUCUCUGAUUCGAAAACUGUAUCCACAAGAGAACCAAACUCAGAGAACAAAGACGCUUAAAUCGAGGCCGACCACUGCCGGCAGCAAAAUUCGAACACAGGCUAGUCAAUUAGUGAAUCAGCUGAUGAGAUGCACUCCGCAUUAUAUUCGGUGCAUCAAACCGAAUGAGACGAAGAAACCUAGAGACUGGGAUGCAGUCAGAGUGAAACACCAGGUGGAAUAUUUAGGUUUAAAAGAGAACAUCAGAGUACGCAGGGCAGGUUUUGCGUACAGGAGGCCGUUCUCGAAAUUCCUGCAUAGGUAUGCAAUUUUGACGAAGCAAACGUGGCCACAUUGGUCCGGCGAUGACAAGCAAGGGGUGGAAUGGAUAUUAGGAAGUCUUCAUAUUGAUCGGUCGCAAUAUCAGCUCGGCAGGAUGAAAUUGUUCAUCAAACUUCCCGAAUGCCUAUUUAUGUUGGAGGAAGCAAGGGAUCGAAAAUAUAACAUGUACGCCAGAGUGAUUCAAAAAGCGUUCAAAAAGUAUUUCGCUUGGAAAAGGCAAGCUCAGCAAAAGCAGGAAGCUGCAGAUUUGCUUUUCGGCCAUAAGGAACGUAGACGAGCCAGUUUGAAUAGGAAUUUCAUGGGCGAUUAUAUCGGGUUAGAAGGCAAACCGCAGAUAAUUCAAUUAAUCGGACGGAGAGAGAAAGUCUGCUUCGCGGAAGUGGUGAAAAAAUACGACAGAAGAUUCAAGAUGAGCAGAAGAGAUCUCAUUCUCACCAACAAAUCUCUUUAUCUGAUUGGGCGCGAGCGAAUAAAAAAAGGCCCAGAAAAAGGGAGAUUAGUAGAAGUUAUAAAACGUAAACUAGCAUUCAAUCAAAUUAGUCAUAUCUCGUUAAGUACACUUCAGGACGAUUUUCUUAUUAUUCACACGAAAGAGGAUUACGCCAGUUUAUUGGAAUCGACAUUCAAGACGGAAUUUUUAAUUGCACUGAGUAAAAGAUAUGUGGAAGAAACCGGACACAUAUUGAAUAGAAAAUUUAGUAACAAUUUAGAAUUUAAAGUGAAGAAAGAAGGCUGGGGUGGCGGAGGGACGAGACAAGUAAUAUUCACGCAAGUUGAUUACGGCAAUAAGGAAAUCUUGAAACCCAGCGGGAAGACUUUGAACGUGUGGAUUGGCCCAGGAUUGCCUAACACUACGAAACCGAGUGCCCAACGUACUAGCGUACACCCGCAUCAAAAUUUCCCAUCGUCCACUCCUCAAAUGACUGGGAUGAGACCAACGCGAUCGGCUCCAAGACCAGCAAAUGCGGAACGUAUUCCAAAUGUGUACAAAACGGUGACCAAUGAUGAAAAGACACCCUCUAGGCCAGGUGUGCCAACCGAAAGGCCCGCUUUGCUGAUUCCCAGGCCCUCAAAACCUACACCAGUCACACGUACGAAUGUACCAACCACAGAAGUACAAAAGAAGACCCAAUUAUCUAAGCAGCCAAAUAAGAUAGAAAGUAAUAUGCCACUUAUGGGCAUGUUCACCAAUCCGAAGGGAGCAGCCAGGGGUUUCUUGAGAUUUCCCCCACCGCCUACGGAACCCCCACCCCCUGGUACACCAACAAUGUCGCCUGCGUUCAAACUUCCCUCGACGAAUGCUGCCGACAACAGUACGGGUUGCAAUAAAGAGAUGCAAACGGGAAAUGAGAACAACACCAAGUCAGUAUUAAAGAAACCGCAAAGAGCGCAUGCACCUCGUGCUACCUCGAUCGUGAAACCGAUACCGCAAAAACCAGCUCUACCUAGUCUACCAAAAGGGAAGGCUUUGUACGACUACAAUCCGCAGGAUCUUGACGAAUUGGAGCUGAAGGAAGGUGACAUCCUUGAAAUACUCAAAGAGCACGAAGGUGGUUGGUGGCAGGGAAGAUUGAAAGGAAGGACAGGACUUUUUCCAGCGAACUACAUAAAGAAGCUGUGAAAUGUAGCACACGUAGAACUGUCGCAUCGAAUCAUUUUUGAACAGUACAUUUCAUACCGAAGAUAGAAUUUCAUACGAAAGAAAAUAAUCCGUGGCUAGCGUUAAGUUUUCGUUCUAAAAUUGCAUGGAGCGUUUACCGUUCGUCGAGAUUUCUCGCGGAAUUAGGGAAAUUUUUAUACGAUCAUUGUUUCAGAGGAAAGCGCGAUGCAGUUUUAGAAAUCGACGCUUAAAGUCCGAAUAGUCAAUAGAAGUUACCAAACAUUAAUUUAAGUAGCCUAUUACCUUUUAUACUGUUGAAUCUGGUCGUCUGUUAAACCCGUUGUGUUUUCUAAUCGCGAAACGAGAAGUUUACAAUUUUUCUUACCGCGAGAUCACUCGCCUUUUAGAAGCACGAGAAUGUUAUGAAAUAUAGGGAAAAAGUUUAUAUUGUUAUUUAUAAUUAAAGAACGAAUUCCAAACAGAAACAUCGUACAUUCACGUUUAUUUAAGAAUCAAGCUACGCUUAACAAUGUCGAAAGUGUCGACGCGAUCCUGGAAAUUGUAUUAUCAUAAAGUACCUAAGAUUAACGUUAAGUUUACGAAAUAUUAAUUCACAAACACUUAUAUUUGUUUUCUAUUUAUUCAAUAAAUGUAAGAAGUAAUACUGCCAAGUUGGGAAACCAUAAUACAGGACUAUGUAGUGAAAUGUUAAGAAUAUUUGAGAGCAUACAAUACUCGAAGUUACUGAAAUAAGUUCAAUAAACACACAUGUUCAUGAAAUCAACGAAAAGUAGCGUCAUAUUAUCAACAAGAAAAAAACAGGUGGAAGAUUCUUGUGAUGGAUGGAUUUCAUUCACGGAAAGACCCAAUAAUCCUAACGUUUGUGUACACCUCUGGAAGCAGAAAAUAUAUUUCUAUACUUCCUCCUGUUAUUUACCAGCGUCAAGCGUUACCGAAAAGAAAUCUAUUCAUAAUUUGAAAAUAUACAUUUGCAGUCAUUAGAUCUUAAAAAUUAUUAAGUUGUCGUUGAAUAGUACGAGCACAUGCAUACAUACAAAUUCACGUUCUGCGUAUUAAUGAAAAAUAGAAUUAACUUUUGAGACAACCUUAUACAAUAAUGAGGUUACUCAACCUUGGUGAAGAGAUGAACAGUAACCGCCAUUAAUCUGCACGCCUUCAGGAUCACUGAUCUCUGAUCAGUAUCGUGAGCGUGAGCUUACUGGUAAUAGCACUUAUAUCCUCAUCCAGUUGUUGCAGUAAACUUCCUGGCAAAAAACGUCGUUCUUCCCGAAGAGUAGUACUCUUGAUAUAACGGCAACUUCUUUGACAUCAAUGAAGGUGUACGAACAAUUUUAUCGCAAUCAAUAAAGGCACGAUAAUUUGUGCAACUACCCUUAUCACUCUCAA